CGCACACAAAAUUUCUCGGGGAAAUUUUCAACAAGGAAACGAACGACUUUCAAACCUCGACCAUUCCAGCGAAGCCCAUACCAUUUCUUCCCCCCUUCUCUCAGAACAAGGUGAACUUCGCGACAUAUUAGAGUAUCCCUUCAUAAUGGCCGAGCAACUUAUUCUCAAGGGAACCCUCGAGGGCCACAAUGGCUGGGUUACCAGUUUGGCUACCUCUAUGGAGAACCCCAACAUGCUACUCUCCGGUAGCCGUGACAAGACCCUGAUCAUCUGGAACCUUACUCGCGACGAGUCGCAAUACGGAUACCCCAAGCGAUCUCUACACGGCCAUUCUCACAUCGUCUCCGACUGCGUUAUCUCCUCUGACGGCGCCUAUGCUCUGUCUGCUUCCUGGGACAAGACCCUCCGACUCUGGGAGCUCGCCACUGGUACCACCACGCGACGAUUCGUCGGUCACACCAACGAUGUCUUAUCCGUUUCUUUCUCAGCAGACAACCGACAGAUCGUCUCCGGUUCUCGUGACCGAACCAUCAAGCUAUGGAACACCCUCGGCGACUGCAAGUUCACCAUCACCGACAAGGGACAUACCGAAUGGGUGUCUUGCGUCCGCUUUAGCCCUAACCCACAGAACCCCGUCAUCGUCUCCAGCAGCUGGGACAAGCUCGUGAAGGUCUGGGAACUAUCUACCUGCAAGCUCCAAACCGACCACAUCGGUCACACCGGCUACAUCAACACCGUCACCAUCUCCCCUGAUGGAUCCCUGUGCGCCUCCGGUGGUAAGGACGGUACGACGAUGCUGUGGGACUUGAACGAGUCGAAGCACCUGUACUCCCUAAACGCCGGCGACGAGAUCCAUGCCCUCGUCUUCUCUCCUAACCGAUACUGGCUCUGCGCGGCCACUGCUAGCAGCAUCAUUAUCUUCGACUUGGAGAAGAAGAGCAAGGUUGAUGAGUUGAAGCCUGAGUUCACCUCCGUCGGCAAGAAGAGCCGGGAACCCGAGUGUGUGAGCUUGGCCUGGAGUGCGGAUGGACAGACUCUGUUUGCCGGUUACACCGACAACAUUAUCCGAGCAUGGGGUGUCAUGUCGAGGGCAUAAAUCCUUUUCCCGGGGGGUGUCGAUAUAGGUCAUUGACUGGGCGUAUGGAUGGGCUUGUCAUUUGAGCUUUUACUAAGGGAAAUGGCAAUCGACGUGGCCGGCAACGAAAAUAUUAGAAACGUUGCGUUGCUGCUAGGUUGCUGCCACAAGGUAGACCCAAAAUCUAACGAAUUGUGAAGACCA